AUGGAAGUUUACAAAUACCCUGUUUUCUUCGAGUGCCAGACUCUGGACCCAUCACAGAAAGAGAAGAUAAAAAAGUACUUUGAAAUUCGCCGUAAAUCCGGUGGCGGAGAUUGUGGACCAGUAGAAUCAGUUGGUGACAACGUUUACAAGGUUGCGUUUAUUUACCCGAAAGGUAUGAAAAUGUUUAUGCGAAGUGAUAGGAUAUUGAAUGCCUUUUUUAUUUAUUUUUUACCAUGCGCUCUUGCCAAUGUCUGUUCAUAAGUUAAAGUUAGUUUGUUCAAUAUAUGAUUUAUUCUAUGGCCUAUUUGAUUACAAUUUAUCAUUUGAAUAGGCCUACAUUUGGGUAAGACAAUCAUAUUUAAACUUCAAGGAGGAUUUGCGAAAUCAGAAUGUUUGUCAGACGUGCGGUUUUCACUAGUUACCACAGCCACAAAGUCGGAAUUGGCUAUCAUAAAAAUACUUGGGAAAAAAAGUGCUUUUUGGUCUUGAUUUUAGGUUAGGGUUUGGCAUACGGUUAGCAGUGUGGUUAAGGUUAGGUUUAAGGUUAUUUUUAGGUUUGAAAUAAUAUUUUAAUUAAGAAAAUAAAUUGUAGUAAUAGGCAGGGUUUAUGACUUUGUGGCUGUGGUAACUAGUGAUUGACAUGCAGCAAAUAAAUAUGGUAUAGGAGUAAAUUUAACUUUCACAUAGCCAGGCUACAGGUAUGCAGACAGGUAUGCACAAAUGCAUUCCUUUGGCUUUUCAUUAUAUGUUUUAACUCUACAGUACUUUAUCAAUCUAAAAGGAAAUAACAUUUUGUUUUAAUAACUUUUAAGAUUAAUUAAGAACUUUAUAGAUGCACAUACAGUGUAUUACUUUAGAGAUUAUAGCACAACUCCUCUAGCUUAUGUAGCCUUUAACUCUUCAAGUCCUGGACUAAAUGCAAAAGGCUUAAUUAAUACAGUUAAAAAAUAUUAUUAUUAUUAUUGUUGUUGUUAUUGUUCUUACUGUUACUACUACUACUACUAAUACUACUACUACUAAUACUACUACUGCUACUACUACUACAUGACAACAACAAAACAACAACAACUCAUUAUGACAUUGUAAUUCUUCCAGUCCAGGAGAGGGUACUUCAGAAAACUCAUCAUGUGUUGGAGAUGCCUGGGGGACCUCUUUCCCUCACUCUGAGAGGCAGCCUGGAGACAACCACCCCAGUAAGCAGUCAGGCGGUGAGGCCCGACUAUACAGACACAACUACAGUAUAGAGUACAGGCUGAGUCACAUAACCUGCUAGAGAAUACAUUUAUUUUCCCUAACAUGAGGUCAAAAUACACAGACGUCAAUGCACUGUUGUUGUAUUUGCAUCCCAGUAAACACAUAGCUUAGUCAUACAUCGUGGAUCUGCCAGUCAGGUAAUAACUAUAAUAUCCCUUCAAAUGAAACCAAAAUGUUCUGCACUGAUUUUAUUGCAUGUUUGGUGUAUGUUAUAUUGUAAUAAGUAACAUAAUAAUUUACAAUUUGUGGAAUGACAAGAACAUACAUUUUAGCAAAACAAAUCUGUACUAAACUAAAUGGACAAAUGCCAAACCAGUUUUUUUUUUUUAGAUGUAUCAGAUAAUCCAGACGCAGCUGUACGGUCGAACUACAAUAAUAAAUCAAUAAUAAAUGUAGAUAAAUCCAGACAUAAUAAUCAUUAACAGUAGAAUUAUCCAGGACUUAUACCUUUCUUUUCUGACUGUAGAGUCACCAACUCCUCCCAUUACGUCCCUCCUUCCCAGUCCAGACAUCGCCACCUGGUGACCUAGAGCAUGAACUCCAUCUAGACUCCUACCUCCUGCGCUACCUGAAGGAGAGCCCUGGGGCUGGAAAAGGCCUGCAGCAGCAGCUGGCCUCUUUGAGCUGCUCUGUCCAUCUCCACCCAGAGGACGGGAGGGCAGUGGUCAGAGGCUCAGGCCAAGCUUAUUCAUGUGGAGAUGGAGUCGGGGUUGGGGUGGGACCAUGGAAGGCACAGGUAGAGAAACUGUUCAAACAUCUCCAUGAGCGGUACCAAUGCCACUAUGAGGUAGACGCAUGUAAGCUCCAGACUCUGCUGCAGAGAAGUACCCUAGGUUCGGAGGAUGUGAGGGUUUACUGCGAGGCAGGGUUUGCGGUGGUGGUUGGGGAGGGGGCCGAGGUACAGGCCAAACUGAAGGAGCUGGAGGCCUUCCAGGCUCAGGGUCUGAGCUCAGGGAAGCAGGAGAAGGUCAGCACCACUUGUCGUCUGGGACAGGCCAAGCUCCGUCUUCUAGGGGAAGUUAUAGAGAAGGAUCUAGUUGAGGCUGUUCCUGGAGUGAGAGUGAUGCGCGGUGACUCAGCUCAGCUGGUGCUGGAGGGUUCAGCAAGUGAAGUCCGGACAGCCAGACAGUUAGUUAUAGAUAAGAUCUCUCUGGUGCUGGAGCGGGUGGUGCCUGAGGUGUCCCUCCACCUCCUGUCCUUCUUGAGGCAGGAGUAUGGGAGGCCUGAGCAUCUGAGCAGCCUGCUGGGGUUGGGACGCCAUGUGAAAGUAGAGCUGGGGGACACAGAGCUCCGCCUGUUCGCCAUCUCCUCCUAUAAACUGGACCAGGCUGAGAAGGUUCUGCUGGGGGAGUUUGGGGAGGAGAAGAUCGACUUGCCCAACUGUCCUGCCCUCCCGGCUGAACUGAAGUCUAAGCUUGAGAAGAAGGUGAAGGAGAUGAACCAGAGCAGACACAGGGUGGUAGCCAGGUAUGGUCCUGGGUGUAGAGUGCAGCUGCUGGGCCACCUGAAGCAGGUUCAGGAGCUGAGUGAGGAGAUCGGGGCCUUUCUGAUGGACCAGAACAAUGGUGGCGUAGUUGGUGAAGCAGGGCCCGGACCAAGACGUGAGGAGACGGUCGCAGCCACCAGCUAUCACCUCCAUGGGGGACUGCAGGUAGUGGUUUGUCAGGGUGACAUCACCAAGGAACGGGCGGACGCACUGGUGAACACAGCCAAUGAGGAUCUGGAUCACGCUGGAGGUGUGGCUGCAGCUCUGAGCCGGGCGGGGGGACCUGAGGUACAGCGGGCCAGCAGGGAUCUGGUUAGGCAGAUAGGGAGAGUACCCACAGGUACAGUGGUAGAGACUACAGGAGGGAAUCUGCCUUGUAAGAUGCUGCUGCAUGCGGUGGGACCAGUAGGUGGCAGCGUAGGUGGGAAUGAGCGCCCUCUGCUGGAGAAGACAGUAAUGGCAGCCCUGGAUCUGGCAGAGACCCUGGAGCUCCAGACCCUGGCCAUGCCCUGCAUCAGCUCAGGGAUAUUUGGCGUUCCUCUGAAGGUGUGCUCUGAGGCCAUAGUCUCUGCAGUGAGGGACUUUGGGAGGGAACAGCACAUCCUUACCAAGGUCACUCUGAUUGAUGUGAGUGGAGAGGCAGUGAAAGCCAUGCAGGAGGCCUGUGAUAGGCUGUUUCAGGGGAAGAGGGAGUUUUCUGGGUGGGAGGGAGAGUCCAGCACCACCACCACUACCACUACACAUGCUCCUCAGAGAGACACCACUUCUGCCUCCUCAAGGGAAGCAGCCACUCCAGAGGUCUGUGUCCAGGUGGAGAUCAUCCAGGGAACCAUAGAGAAGCAGCAGGUGAGAGAGAGACACUGACAUGGCCAUAUUCUUGAUUCAACAACAUUCUGUGAAUUAUGUUUACUUCAUACUGACUCAAUGUUCCCGUUCUCUUUGACACUUUCUCUUCCUUUUUCUGUUACCCUUUUUCUUUCUUUCUUUAUCUCUUUCUUUCCUCUUAUCUGUCUGUCUCUCUGAAGGUGGAUGCCCUGGUGUCCCCCAUGGUUGGUAGUGACCCUCUCUCCUCCCGUGUUGGUAAUGUCUUGUCGGAGGCAGCUGGACCGGGACUGAUGAAAGCGUUUCUGAGGGAAUCAGGGGGACAGACUGCACCUGGUGACAAUGUCCUGGUGGAGGGACUGACUGGUCUCAGCUCUGGCCGUGUCUUCUUCCUCAGCUGUGCACAAUGGGACAACAACCCCCAAGGACCAGCAGUACAAGUGUGUCCCCUUGUGUGUGUGUGUGUGUGUGUGUGUGUGUGUGUGUGUGUGUUAUGACCUUUGAACCUCCAUUAACCCUUAACCUCUGGUCCUCUCUCAGGUUCUGAGGCAAGGUGUGAGGAAAAUCCUGACCUCUUGUGAGAACCGGGGCUUCUGUUCCGUUGCCUUCCCUGUAGUUGAAACUGGUGUGGUUCUCCGGUUUCCUCAGAACGUGGCAACGCGGGUUCUGCUAGAAGAGGUCCGUCGGUAUGAACAGAAUCGAGCGAGCCAAAGUCCCUUCCUUGUCCACAUCAUCGUCCAUCCCAAUGAGAGAGAUUCUACCAAGGUGAGCAGAGACUUUUAAAGGUCUCAAAGCAUUUCACAAAAUGUCUAUUAACUUCAAUAUGUUUCAGCCAAUCACGUUGCAGAGUCUCUGAAGCCAUUAUAUAAUACUGAGUCAUAAAUUACAAAUUACAAAUUUGUUGUAAUAAUUACAAUUACAGUCCUUCAUUACAGUUGUAUCGUUUGCUCUAAUCUACAGGCUUUUCAGACUGCCCAGAAUGCUUUGCCCAGAAUGGGCACUCGUCCAGAGCAAGGUGAGUUAUAACACUUCAUACCCACCUUUAGAUCAAAUACGUUAUUACGUUAUGAUUAAACUAUUCCAAGUUAUAAUUAUGAACCCUCCCUAUAGACAUCAGGAUUGUGCUGCUGGGGAAAUCCGGAGGAGGUAAAAGCAGUGCUGGAAACACAAUCUUCGGACAAGGCGAUGUGUUCCUUGCGGACAGUAACUCCACUUCCGCAACACAGAUAUGUAAAGCGCAGACCAAGAACAUCAAAGGAAGAAACAUCACCUUGAUUGACACACCUGGAUUAUUUGACACUGACAUUCCUAAAGAGAACCUCAAACCUAUAAUAGUCAAAUGUAUAACAGAGUGUGCUCCGGGGCCGCAUGCCUUUCUCAUUGUACUGAAAGUGGAACGGUACACAGUCCACGAGAAAGAAGCCGUAGCGAAUAUUGAGAAAUAUUUUUCACCAGAGGCCUUCAAAUAUGCCACAGUCCUCUUCACUCAUGGUGAACAACUCAAUGGUUUGACCAUUGAGAAGUUUGUCCAACAGAAUGCUGAACUGAACAAGCUUGUGGAGAAAUGUGGAGGCCGCUAUCACGUAAUCGACAACAAAUACUGGAACACCAGUCAGCAGGGUCGGCACAGCAACCAGUACCAAGUAGCAGAGCUACUCAACACCAUAGAGAAGAUGGUGACAGAGAACAGAGGACGGUUCUACACCAACGAGAUGCUCCAAGAGGCAGAGAGAGAAAUACAGGCAGAGAUAGAAAGUCUUAGAAAGGAGUCAAAGGACCAGAUGUCAGAGGAAGAGAUGAGAAAACAGGCUCAAGAAAGUGUGUGGAAGAAAUGCCUGAUCAAACUCUCAGGGAUUACAGCAGGUGUAGUGGUAGGAGCGUUCCUUGGGGUGGCACUGGGGUCAGGGAUCCCACUCACACUCGCUACAAAACCACUGGUUCAUUUAGGUAAACGUCAGAUGGCAGCUUCAAUGAAAACAGUGCAAACAGUCAUGGAGACAGCGGCAGGACCAGUGCUUGCAGGAGAGACAGGGGCGCUCAUGGGAAUGGUUUCAGGUAUAGGCAUAGGAGCAUGGGUACGCAUAGGUGCAAGAGCAACAGCAGGAGCGGUAAGAGGAGGGAUAGUAGGAGCUACUGUAGCAGAGGAGGCAGAGACAGUACAGGAGGCAGCAGAGAAAGCAGCUAGUGCUGUCUACAAUGAAGCUAAGGGUCUUUAUGGCCAAGCAGGCCGUAGGAUACAGUAA